UGUCAAUUUAGUUAUCCUUAUUAUGUUUUUAUUGAAAGAAAAUAAUUUAAAAUUGAAUGAAUUUAUAGAUACCUUAGAGAAAGAACAUGAGGAACGAAUCAAACUUAGCAAAGAAAUUUAUAAUCAAAAAUGUGUUGAUAUCUUUGAAGAACAUAAACAGAUGGGAGAAAAUGCAUAUAAGGAAUAUGAAGAAAAAAAGAUUUAUUUAAAGCGUAAUUUAAUUAAGCAAUUAGAGGAAAACAAAAAACUAGCUUUACAAGAAUGUCAAAAUAUGGAAUUAAAUCAAGCAAUCUAAAAAUUAUACACGCCACGCCGCCUCCAUAAAAAAAUCGGCGGCGAGCCUGGCCACGCUCUUUAUUUCAAUGGGCAGCUUUUCCGGCGUGAAUAAAAUUGCCAGCUGGGUGCACACAGGUCUACAUUUGACUAAGAUAUUUCUCUAUAUUGUCUGUAACAUCUCUUGUUUCUAUAUUCCAGGAACAUCUACCAUGGAUUGGGGAGAAUAAUGCAGGAUCUUUAUUACAAUUGAAGAGUUGUAGAAUCAACUGAUAUAAAACCGGUCUACACAAGAAGAAUUUUAAGGCGAAGAACUGCCAAUGAUUUACCAUACAAUGGGAAUGAUACAAGCAAGCGUAAGAAACAGCCUACACCUGUUGGAUGAUCAAUCAAUAGAAGAAGAUUUAAAUGCAUUUAGAUCAUUUAAAGAUCAGAAUGAUAUGGUUUCAAAAAUAUCAAAUCAAGAUGUAAAAUUUACCUCAAAUAUCGUUGACGGGAAAUUAUACUACGAUAAAAGAUAUUAUUAUAGAGGACAAUCCGUAUUUGUUGAAUCAUUUGAGGGUAAUGAGGAAAAAAAAUUUGCAGCUAUCAUACAAAGUAUCGACACUACAAAAAUAUGUCUUAGAAAAUUGAUUGAUAAUAAUCGCUUGUACAUAACCUUACAUCAAUUACAAAAAGGUGUUUUUACCCUUAGAAAACGAAUAUUUAAUUAAUAUUUA